AGUCUCGAGUUCCAAAACGAGGGUCUCUCUUUCGUCUUUGGCUCGUUAUAAAUAUGAGUAGAGCCACCAACGUCCCCAUACUCCGUGCCGUACCAUUCACGUAGACAUCUCUCGUUUUUCUUGUCUCUGCUCUCAAAGCAUUUAACAAAAAAACACCUGCUGCGGCAUAUCGAUCAUCAGGAACCAUGAAGAGGCGAAGAGUGAAGGGCGCGGGAGCCCCCAACAAGCCCGCUAGAUCGUCGUCAUCAGAUAAAGAAGACGCUCGAGCUCAGGGAUUUGCCGGAGCUGACGCGGCGGCUGCGGAGGCCAAGGAGGAGGAGGGCGGCGAGAAGGCGGGAACGAGAGGGGAAGGGGUGGCGGGAGGAGUAGGAGGAGGAGGCGCGGCGGUGGCGGCGGCGGCGGCGGCGAAGAUGGAGGGGUUGGAGGAGUGGCCGCCGUGGUGGACGACGUGGGAGGUGGCGGACGAAGAAGCGAUGUCGUUCGGGCCCGUGUGGUCGCCGUUCUGGGACGGGGAGUUCAUGGGCGACGAAGCUUUCAACGCGCUGUUCGGCGACGUCGCGUGGGACGGGGACCUCUGGAACUUGAAGGAUUUGGAGAAACCAAAGGGUUGAGAGAGUUUUCAGUGGUUGAGAAUGGUGGGGGUUAGUUUGUGCAUGAACCUCCAGUUGUCUCUUUCCGGGAGUUACGAACGUUGAUCAAGAAAUACCGGGAAUCCCCCGCUUCGUCUU